ACAAUAUUCAUCACCGUACGCUCAAUUCACCAAAAAUGUCCAACUCCUCCGCCACUUUCCUCAUCGUCUUCAACCUCUCGCUGCUCUUAGCCGCCAUUGAUGCACGCAAUACUUUGACUACAAACAAUCAGGACCUCGAAGCCAUAAGGACGGCCCGGUCAAACGUUUUACGUGCCCUAGAAUGGGCUCAGAGUUUGCAUGAGCUUCACGAACAAAGCCGCGAGUCGGGUAAUGCUGCGGCGGCGAUGAGUGACUGCGCCACGCUCUAUGCAGAUGCCGAGGAAAGGCUAGCGCGACUAGACGUCUCUCCGGCCGCCGGUGACGACAAAUACGAUCACCUAGACGCCGUCACUUGGCUGAGCGCCACCAUGUCGAGCCACCGGAGUUGUUUGGAUGGGUUGCACGAGAUGGGAUUGGUUUCACACGGCUAUGCCUCUCAAAACUUAACCUUGCCACUUAAACAAGCCUUGGCUAGAUUUUCCCGUAAAAGAAAUGUGAAAACUACUAGAAAUGUGGUGCAUAAGAAGCCAAGUUCUAGUGAUGGUGGAGGGCUGUUAGACUCAUGGAGCUCAGCAUCCUCGAAGGCCAAUAUCGUCGUUGCCCAAGAUGGCUCCGGCAAUUACAAGACCAUAAACGAGGCGGUUUCGGCGCUUUCAACAAUGGGCAACGGCGGCGAACGAAGGGUUGUGGUGUACGUGAAAGCCGGAGUUUACAACGAGAGAGUUGAAAUUGAACGGGGAAUGAAGAACGUAAUGCUCGUUGGCGAUGGAAUGGAUAGGACUAUCAUCACCGGCAACCGUAACGUCCAAGACGGCUCCACCACCUUCGGCUCCGCCACCUUUCGUGUAUCGGGUGACGGGUUUUGGGCAAGAGACGUGACAUUUGAGAACACGGCGGGGCCGGAGAAACACCAGGCGGUGGCAGUGGCGGUAGCCUCUGACCAAGCCGUGUUCUACAGAUGCAGCAUGAAGGGCUACCAAGACACUCUUUAUGUACACUCCCUGAGACAAUUCUACCGCGACUGCCACAUCUACGGCACCAUCGACUUCAUCUUCGGGAACGCGGCGGCGGUGCUACAAAACUGUAACAUUUUCGUGAAAAAACCGAUGGCCCACCAAUCCAACCUGAUAACGGCGCAGGGAAGGGACGACCCGAACGAGAACACGGGGAUUUCCAUCUUGAACUCUCGGGUGAUUCCGACGCCGGAGUUGAGAGGCGCCGGCGGGGUGAAGAGUUUUUUGGGGCGGCCGUGGAGGAAGUAUUCGCGGACGGUGUUUAUAAAGAGUGACUUGGAUGGGUUGAUUGAUCCGAAAGGGUGGAUGGAGUGGAGUGGGGAUUUUGCACUGUCGACGCUGUAUUAUGGGGAGUAUAUGAACUCCGGCGCCGGAGCUUCGACGGAGAAGAGGGUGAAUUGGCCAGGAUUGCAUUUGUUGAGGCAGGCGGAGGAAGCUAGUCCGUUUUGUGUGAGGAAUUUUAUCCAGGGAGAUUCUUGGAUCCCAGAAAGUGGUGUGCCUUUUGGCUCCCAAUUAUGACAUGGAUGCUUUUCUUUAUACG